AUGCACCCAAUGUUCAUCACAGCACAAUUUAUAAUAGCCAAGACAUGGAAACAACCCAGAUGCCCAUCAACAGAUGACUGGGUUAGCAUGUAUGUGUACACACACACACACACACACGGAGCACUGGCCAUAAAAAAUACUACCGCAGCAACCAACCCAGAUGCCCAUCAACAGAUGACUGGGUUAGCAUGUAUGUGUACACACACACACACACACACACACACACACACACACACACACGGAGCACUGGCCAUAAAAAAUACUACCGCAGCAACCAACCCAGAUGCCCAUCAACAGAUGACUGGGUUAGCAUGUAUGUGUACACACACACACACACACACACACACACACACGGAGCACUGGCCAUAA